UAAAACAUGAACCAUAUGAAGACGUUAUUAUAAUAAUAAAGCUACGGGUUGAUGAGUGAAGGAUUAAUUAGUUCUUUAGCGUACUUGACUCAUUCGCCCAAUGCUCGAUGCAUAGGUAUGUUUAAUGCCUCAAUAUAAUAUUGGGAAGCACACAAAAAUCAAGACAGCAUCCGCGGAAACCUAUGAUAAAUCUACAGAAGUAAGAUCGAAAAGUUAAAGAGCAAAACAAGACGAAAAAAGAAGAAGAGUAGGGGGGUUUGGUAUUGUGCAUCUGAUAAUGGUGAAAUUAGCAGAAGUGAUUCUCGUUCCAUGUCCACCAAUGGGCCAUGUUGCUCAAAUGGUUGAGUUAGCAAAACUCUUAAUCCAUCGAAACCAUCAGCUCUCAAUCACCAUCCUCAUCAUGAAACUCCCUGAUUACAUCGAUGUAGUCAGUGGCUCUUUCGUCGACACUGUUGCUGCUUCCUCUACUUCCAACCGCCUUCGGUUUGUCUAUUUACCUGAUGCGGAUCCAACCCCUGAAUGGAGCUCCAAAGCCAGAGUACAUUUCUUCUACAGAUUACUACAAAGCCAAGAAUCUCACAUCAGGGACUUCUUGGUAAAUCAACGUGGCCCCAUGGCGGGUUUCAUUGUUGACAUGUUAUGUGCUCAUCCAUUGAUUGAUUUAGCUGAGGAGCUUGGGAUACCAAGCUAUGUGUUUUUCACUUCACCAGCUACUUUUCUUGGAUUGAUGCUUCACUUCCAGGUUCUAGAAGAUGAGUGCCACGUGGAUGUUCCCGAAUUCAUCAGAAACUCCGACAGGCUGUUGUCAUUUCCGUGCUUUGUCAACCCACUUCCUCCAACCGUAUUGUCGACGAAUUUUGUCGACAGAGACAUGUGGCUAAUAAGUGGAUUCCUUGAAUUCGCUCGUGGAUACAGGAAAGCCAAAGGCAUCAUUAUCAACACUUUCGAUGAAUUAGAAAUGCACGCCUUGGAUGCUUGCAACAACUUAUCAAAGUCUGGACGGGUCCCAUUGAUCUAUCCAGUGGGUCCAAUUAUGAACCAAUCAAAGUCGUCUCGGCCAGAGGUUGAGGCAGAAAUAACAGGGUGGCUGGAUCACCAGCCACCGUGUUCUGUGGUGCUACUCUGCUUCGGAAGCCAGGGGAGCUUACCAGUUGAGCAAGUGAAAGAGAUUGCUUUAGCUCUAGAGAAAAGCGGCUGCCGGUUCUUGUGGUCAUUACGUCGUCCCCCUGAAGAUAGCAACACUCAAUUUCCCCGCGAAUACACGAGCUACUCUGAAAUCUUGCCAGAAGGAUUUUUAAAACGAACAGAGAAGAAAGGGAAAAUUGUGGGAUGGGUUCCGCAAUUGAAGGUGUUAUCGCAUGAAGCAAUUGGGGGAUUCGUGUCACACUGUGGAUGGAAUUCGAUACUGGAAAGCAUAUGGUUUGGUGUGCCUAUAGCGACAUGGCCGUUGCACUCGGAACAGCAAGGGAAUGCGUUUCAGUUAGUGAAAGAAAUAGGAAAUGCAGUGGAGAUUACUUUGGAUUACUGUGAGAGGAGGAGGAGUAGAGGUGAUCAGCCCAUAAUAACUGCACAAGCCAUAGAAAAAGGGAUAAGGGAAUUGAUGAAAACUAAUACACAAGUCAGAGAUAAGGCUAAAGAGAUGAAACAGAAGAGCAGGGCUAGUGUAAUGGAAGGUGGAUCAUCAUACUUGUCCUUUGAGAAACUCAUUCAUAAACUACUGCAAAAUGUAAACCAAAUUAUAUGCCAAGGUUUUGUAGGCAAAGAGGAUGUUCUUAACUAGUAUUAUCUUCUGUUAGAGUAAGUCCUAGUUAGGUUUCAAUUGUUUCAGUUUGGUCCCUGUAAUGUUUCUCUGUUGUCAGUUAAGUCCUUUUUAGGUGUUACAGG